AGGAAGAAGGGUUUUAAUUCUAGGGCCGCGGGGGUUGACACUGAGCCAGGGGGUUGACAUGCCGAUGCCAAGGUCACACGGCCAACUGAGCAUGCAGGGCCACAAGCAAGCGAGGCCUGCAGGGCCGCACGUAGGCUGGGCCUGCAAGGCUACGGGCAGGCAAAGCCUGCAAGGUCACGCCGUGCCUUCGUCAGAGGAGGAAGAGGAUAAAGAGGACGAGGAGGAGGGGGAGGAGGACGAGGAGGUGGUCGACGACACGGAGGUGGAGGAAGAAGAGGACGAGGAGAGGGAGGAAGGCGGGGAGGAGGAAGAAGACCACAAGGAGGUGGAGGAGGAGGACGAGGAAGAGGAGGAGGAGGAGGUAGACGUGGAGGAGGAGGAAGACGAGGAGGAAGAAGCAGAUGACGAGGAGGAGGAGGAGGUGGGGGAGGAGGUUGACGAGGUGGAGGAGGAGGAAGAAGAUGAGGAGGAGGAAAAGGUGGAGGAGGUCGACGAGGUGGAGGAGGAAGAAGACGAGGAGGAGAAGGUGGAGGAGGUCGACGAGGUGGAGGAGGAGGGAGAAGAUGAGGAGGAUGAGGUGGAGGCCCUGGAGGGGGAGUAGAACGGGGAGGAUAUGGCGGGUUACGAGUCAGAGGACGAGGAUGAAGAAGAAGAGGAGGAGGAGGAGGAGGAGGAGAAGAAGGAGGGGGAGGAGGAGGACGCGACGUGGUUUCUCACCUGGGAGGCGAUGGAGACAACGACGACGGCGACGGCUCCCCGGGCGGGUGACUGGCGGGGUAUGCGCGUUCGAAUUCGAACGAGCGGGCCCAGGUUGGCCCCUCCCGCCACGCAGAUGCUCCCAGCGCCCGCCCAACCCCGCCAACCAAACCCCCAAACCCCACAACGCCCCCUGGCUGCCCUACCGGGCCCGGUACCCCCCGACGACGGAUGCGUUCGCCGGCCUCUGAAAGCUGUUGUGCGAACGUGUUCGCGCCACGAUCGGGCGAACGACCGAACGUGUUCGCCGUGCUAAAAUUACAUAAAUAUGAUAUAAUAUUAUAAUUAGAAUUACAUAUUUGUCAAAAAUUUGAAUGAAUCAUAGAUUUUUAAGAAUAUUCUUUUUUUUAAUAUUCUUUAUUUUAAAUAGGUAUAUUUUUUAUUAUGAAUCAAUUGCCUUGGUUAAG